CAAUAUUUUUCGCGAUGAUGAAAGAGUAACUUGGUGAGUUGAGUUUAUGGAAGAAAGUGAAAGUUAACAUUUUCCUUACAAAGGAAGUGGGAGACCAGAAUCUUUUGAAUUAUACUAAAAGAGGUUCUUGUCGUUAAAAAUGGUUGUUUUACUGUCUAAAAAUUAAUAACUGCUGUCCUUCCAUUUUUGGUGAAAUUAUCAUGGGCGAAUCAAUGAGUAAAUUUGUUUCUCAGUAUGCUCCUGUAAGUGUAACUGAGGCCUAUAAUAGAAUUAGCCAUAAACGAAAAAGGAUGUCUUCUCUUGAGGAAGAAGAUGAAACAAACUUAGAAGAAUCCCUUCACUCUCCAAAAAAACGUAAACUCACCUGCACAACUCAGUAUAUAUACAAGGCAUUGUUUGUUGAUGGAAGAAAUAGUGAUGUUGUUGUGGAUGCUCUUGGAAAGGAGUGGAGACUUCAUAAGGUUUAUUUGACUCAGAGUCCAUACUUUCAAAGUAUGUUUUCUGGUUCCUGGAAAGAGACAGACAACAAAUACAUCAGGAUAGAGAUAGCAGAUCCCAACAUAACACUAGACUCACUAAAGGUGGUGCUUGGCUCACUGUACCAGGACGAGGUGUCUAUCGAGCCAGCUGACGUGGUGGGGGUGUUGGCGGCUGCUACAAUGUUUCAGUUGGACGGACUGAUAGACCAAUGUCUCUGCAUCAUGGUGGAGACCAUCAGUCCUCUUACGGCCACUAGCUACUACGAGGCGGCCAGUCAAUACGGGCUGCAGCGCAUCAGACAUGCCACCGUCAAGUGGUUCCUGACCAACCUCAUGACCUACUACCCUUCCCACGCUAAACGCCUGCGACAGAUUGAGCCAGACCUGAUGGCAGUUCUGGUGCAAGACAAGGACCUGGUGGUGGUACAGACAGAGUUUUGUCUCUACUGGUUGCUCAGAUUCUGGGUGUUCUUGAGGCUACAUCCACACUGGACCCAUGAUGAGGACGGCUGCACAGGAUCAGACUCCAAACAAGUCACUGAGUUUUUCCAUCAACGACCAGAUAAAUCAGCCUUCCUGGUGAGUCCUGAAGGCAAGGACUACCUGAGAGUGUUCCAAGGUCUACACAUUGGCUCACUGAUCACCCAAGUACAGGACCUGCGGACACUGACAACAGACAGGUUACUGCCUGAGGUCUGGCUCUACCCUGUACUGACAGACCAGUGGGCCAGUCUGCUAUGCUUGGACAGUGGCAAGGACAGAGGACCCGAGAAAGAGCGGAUUGGGAUGGACAAAUUUUUUUCAUCUUGUGUUCGGUGUGGUCGUGUGUUGGAGAGCAAGGACAAUCACACGUGGAAGUGGAAGGUGUUCAACUUUGGGCUGGACCUCGUCUGGUCAACCUUUAACAACAUGUUGACAGUGCGUCGAGCCAGUGAUGAUGCUCCACUCAGCUACAAUGGCAUACGCAAUGUCAUGCUAAGGGUGACUCUGGCAACCCUGGACAAGCAGAGACAGACCAAGCUGAGCCAGUCAUCAGGUGUUAUCUCUGUUAUGUUGGUCCGCAACCAUGAGGUCAAGGUGAUGGAUCUGUGUCCAGACUUUGACUAUCCUCUGAUAGUCAGUGUCUGUCUUUUGUCUGUCACACCUCAACCUUCCACGUCGACCUCUGUCUGACACAUACAACAUAAUCUGCCAACCAUUGUGUUUAAAGAAAAUACGUAUUAUUUUGGGUUAUGAAGAAACAAGCAAAUUAACAUUUAUUUUGUGUAAUACACGACUAAUUUGUAUGUGGCUUUAAUUUCAGUUUAAUGUUCUUAACAAGUAAUGAGCUUUUCUUUGGACUUUAACAGACCUGUUUGGUACUGAGUGCAAAGAUGUUUAAUUUGUUUGUGAUAUAACAUAAUGGUAGCUGCAUUCUGUUAUUAUAAAACUCACAAAAGAAUUUUUUUAUUUGUAAACUAAAAUUUAACAAGAGGUUAAGAUAACAGGAUAACGUCUUGACAUUUUGAGUAUUUUCCUAACACCAAGUUGUAUUUAUAGCUAGGCUAACUAAAAAUCAAGUAAGUUAUAAUAAACUGAGUUUAGUUUAAAUAUUUAGCUCCUACUUGAAAUGCUGAGAGGACCAUGAAGUAAAUGAUCUCUGAUUAUCAUUAAAACUACUAACUUAGAAGAAAUCGCAUACUGUAGCACAGCACGGUACCAAAAGUUUCUGUUCAAGAUUUAACAUGCAAUCAAAUGAGACAGGAAGAGGAAAGUAGUGUGUACCUCCAGUUGUACCAGAGGAUAUUUCUGAGUGCAAAUUACAUGGGUAGAUCUUGGUUUGUCACGCCUAGGUGUAGCCUACAACAGUUAGCAUCUAGGCGGAUGAGUAGCUAUGAUGAUCCACCUUCUUCUAACUCCACCAGCACUUUUCAUCUUCUUUCCCUAUACAAAGCUUAGUACACCAUGGAUCCAUCAGUGUAGUUUGUUUUGACUAAAUAUAUCAGAUAAAAGAUCCCUCAUUGAUGUGUGAUCACUCAAAGAAGAACAAUAUGCAGAACUGGUGUUGGUAGAUGUGACAGGUGAGGCGACCAAUAGCAUUUUCAAUGAAAAACUAAUCCCCGCAUUCUGUACUAAAGCACACGGUGUUACUGAAAUUGCUUUUCUAUUCCCACCCCCCAAAUCUACUAAACACAAACUCUACCAGUUUUUUUUUACGAUUGACUCUGGUGAUUUGAGGGGACGCAAUCGUAUCAAACCAUUUAAAAAGAAAAGUGUAAUACUGGUGCUGCAUAUCUUGUUACAACAUAUUGUUGUGUUAAGCACACAUUGUGUAUAGAUGGGGAGGAUAACGAAAUGUUGAAGGCUGGAACUGUAACACAUAAUAUGAAGGUGUUUUAUUUUAGUUCAAGCCUCUCAGCUUCAAAAAUCCUGCUCUAAAUAUCCCUUCUACUUAAAAUUACUCCUAGCUCAGGAACAAUGUUUGAUGUUGUUUUAUAUUAAUCGUGUACUUUAUGAUUUGGAUGAUAAAUCAUGAUAUUGUUACCUGUGAUCAACUAAUCAUUACUUACGACUGUUUUCUGUUAAUGAACAGAGUUAACUUCCUUUUUCAUUCCUCAUGUUUUUCAGUAUUUUAAGUGCCAACAAUUAAAACUUGUUAUAAAUAAGGUUACCAUUGUAGUAAUAAUAAGAGUAGUAAUAAUGUUAUAUUUAUAUGACAGUCCUACACAUUAUUUUAAUUUUCAUCAUGGUAGCUCGCAAUAACUGCAUGUGUUCAUAAGUGAUUAAAUAAUGUAUUGUGUUCAAUAUUUCUUCUAUACACUCAUGUUUUUGGGGUUUAUAAUAAAUUAUAGAUGGGAAAAUUUAGGAAAUUUUUAACUUAAGGGUAUAUUUUUUUGUCAUUUUAUGUAAAUUUCAAGUAUUUUGUUUCCAACAUUUGUAAUGUGUCAUAAAUAUUUUCAUUCCGUUAUGUGUUAAGUAAUUAUAUUUUAAUUUUGCAUCCUUUUAUACAUUUAAUUUAAUAGAUAUCAAGUGAUAAACAUUGCUCCAAUGUUGAGUUUAUAGAACUUUUUCCAUACAAACUUUCACAUUUUCAUUGAAAUAAAUUUACUAU